AUGGGCAUCGCCAAGAGACACUUCAGUGAUGCCCUCGUCGAGAAGUUCUACCAUCGCGAGGGAUCUCCGGCUUCCUUCCCAGAUUCGGAGUCAGAGGACAACAGCAGUGACAUGGAGGUUGUGGGCAGCCAUCCCUGCGAGAGUGUGCCGCCUGUCCUUGUCGGCCAAACUGAUAUCCGCGACUAUUUCCUAGCGAGCUGGAGAUGGCAGGAGAUGUCAGGGGGAUUUCUUGAAGAUUCGGAGGCAGCCACAGCUAUGGGACUCCCAUUCCACAUUUGCGAUGAUGAUGUCACUUUCCCCGAAAGUCAGGUGGGAACCCGGGUGGAGGCAGACUUCGCGGCGAGUGACACUGCAGACUGCCUCGUAGCGGACGAGGAGGCUGCAGAAGCCAUGGGUCUGCCCUUCCACACAUACGAGGAUGAUUAUGAGCUUGCAUCAACACAAAUGUGCGCGGAGGAAGUGGUUCUUCCACUCAAUCAUACGGCAGAAACUACGGGUGCAGAUGAGAAAGCAGCCGAAGCUAUGGGGCUGCCGUUCCACAUUUACAACGAUGACGAGGUUCCUACAUCCACAGAAGCCGCGGUUGACAGAACUACCCCGCCCCGUCGCCGACGAAAGCCGCUGGAGGGCACACCGUGCAAGAAGCCUCGAGUGGCCGAGCUGACUGAGGUGGAGCCGCCGAAAAUGGCCGAGAAGCAGCCGACCGCCUUCAGCACAGAGAAUUCUGUGCAACCCGCAUUUUGCUGA